UACCAGCUACAGCUCCUUCUGGUGGACCACCUGGUCUCCAUGGACUGUACCAGCUACAGCUCCUUCUGGUGGACCACCUGGUCUCCAUGGACUGUACCAGCUACAGCCCCUUCUGGUGAGUGGACCACCUGGUCUCCAUGGACUGUACCAGCUACAGCUCCUUCUGGUGGACCACCUGGUCUCCAUGGACUGUACCAGCUACAGCCCCUUCUGGUGAGUGGACCACCUGGUCUCCAUGGACUGUACCAGCUACAGCUCCUUCUGGUGAGUGGACCACCUGGUCUCCAUGGACUGUACCAGCUACAGCCCCUUCUGGUGAGUGGACCACCUGGUCUCCAUGGACUGUACCAGCUACAGCCCCUUCUGGUGAGUGGACCACCUGGUCUCCAUGGACUGUACCAGCUACAGCUCCUUCUGGUGGACCACCUGGUCUCCAUGGACUGUACCAGCUACAGCUCCUUCUGGUGAGUGGACCACCUGGUCUCCAUGGACUGUACCAGCUACAGCACCUUCUGGUGAGUGGACCACCUGGUCUCCAUGGACUGUACCAGCUACAGCUCCUUCUGGUGAGUGGACCACCUGGUCUCCAUGGACUGUACCAGCUACAGCUCCUUCUGGUGAGUGGACCACCUGGUCUCCAUGGACUGUACCAGCUACAGCCCCUUCUGGUGAGUGGACCACCUGGUCUCCAUGGACUGUACCAGCUACAGCUCCUUCUGGUGAGUGGACCACCUGGUCUCCAUGGACUGUACCAGCUACAGCCCCUUCUGGUGAGUGGACCACCUGGUCUCCAUGGACUGUACCAGCUACAGCUCCUUCUGGUGGACCACCUGGUCUCCAUGGACUGUACCAGCUACAGCUCCUUCUGUUACAGGUGUGAUGACUUUGUAGUGAACGACACCAAGCUAGGACAGGUGCAGAAGGUGAGAGAGCAUCUACGGAGUCUGGAGAACUCUCCACUGGCUGUUGCCAGACGGACAAAGAGGAAACUUCUGGAAAGCAACUCUCCUUCCAGUAAACUGUUAAAGGACAACGGUGGGGCCUCAUCUCUCUCUGCCACGGGGUUACAGAACCUGGGAAACACAUGCUUCAUGAACGCCAUCCUGCAGUCUCUCAGCAACAUCCAGCAGUUCAGCUGUUAUUUCAAGGAGCUGCCAGCGGUGGCGCUGCGGAGCGGGAAGACUGCAGGGCGGAGGAUGUACCACACCCGCAGCCAGGGAGACACCAGUGUGUCCUUGGUGGAGGAGUUGAGGAAGACCCUGUGUUAUCUGUGGCAUGGUGGCCCAACAGCCUUCAGCCCAGACUCUUUAUUCUACGUUAUCUGGAAAAUCAUGCCCAGCUUCAGGGGCUACCAGCAGCAUGAUGCUCAUGAGUUCCUGCGAUACCUGUUGGACCAUCUCCACAGAGAGCUACAGGGCCGUCUCAACGGAGCCAAGCACCUUCCACCGGAUUCUGUCAAAGUAUCUACAGACAACCCUACUCUGCCACCAGAUGGGCUCGCACUGCCCCUGGACGGGGUGAAACUACCCACCACAGGGGGCAAAUGCUGCAUGAAAGGCAGUUCUACUGUGGUCACGUCUAUAUUUGGUGGUGUUCUGCAGAAUGAAGUCAACUGCCUGAUCUGUGGGACUGAGUCUAUAAAGUUUGACCCUUUCCUUGAUCUGUCCUUGGAUAUUCCCAGUCAGUUCAGACAGAAGAGAACCAAGGACCAAGAGCCUGGCCCUACCUGCACCUUACUAGACUGCCUGUGUAGCUUCACUGACCUGGAGGAGUUGGUCCAGAGCGAGCUCUAUAUGUGCCCCAGGUGUGAGAAGAGACAGAAAUCCACCAAGAAGUUCUGGGUCCGGAAGCUGCCCAAGGUGUUGUGUCUGCACCUGAAGAGGUUCCACUGGACGUCCAACCUCAGGAACAAAGUAACCACCUAUGUAGAGUUCCCUCUACGGGGCCUGGACAUGAGGGGGUACUUACUACAGGUGACCCUUAAACCUAAGCAGGAGAAGACGUUGCCUGACCGCUGGCUGUAUGACCUGGCAGCUGUGGUGGUUCAUCAUGGAUCAGGGGUUGGAUCGGGACAUUACACAGCGUACGGCAGACGGGACGAUCGCUGGUACCACUUCAACGACAGCACAGUGACACUAACUGAGGAGGAGACGGUGGUUAAAGCCAAGGCUUACAUUCUGUUCUACACAGAGAGACCCGACCAAACUACACCUGAGACUGACACCAGGCUUUAACCUGACUGCUCCAAACCCCAGACUAGUCCUCCCUCGUCUUCACCAGGAUAACAUACCUCUUCCUCUCAGCCUGCAUCACGUCUUUAAAGCAGCUUUCGUCAAUAUGAGUUUGAUGUUAAGUCCAUGAUUGAAGUAUUUUUGUGUAUGGGACAUUGAUUUCAUCAGAAUUUCUUUAAAACCAAAUUGCUGCUUGAUAUUUGAUGAGUUCUGUAUGAUUUUACUUUGUCCCAAAUGGCAACCUAUUUCCUAUGUAGUGCACAUUGGGCCACAACCGAAUGUUCUGCCUUGUUUAUCUUCACGUAACAUUCCUCCAUGAAGGUGGACAUGUCCCGGUGGUGGACAUGACCGUGUCCCGGUGGUGGACAUGACCGUGUCCCGGUGGUGGACAUGACCGUGUCCCGGUGGUGGACAUG